GUGAGUGCGGCGCGUGAGGGAGCGCAGCGUGAGGGGCGGCGGGGAGGGACGGACCGGGACGGACCGGCUCCGGUCCUGGGCUGGCACUGCGCCUUGGCACGACUUUGUUUCAACUUUGUGAUGUCUUCCCCUGAAAUUGCUUCCCUUUCUUGGGGUCAGAUGAAGGUGAAAGGCUGCUCUACAACAUAUAAGGACUGCAAAGUAUGGCCGGGAGGAAGCCGGACAUGGGAUUGGCGAGAAACUGGGACUAAUCAUUCUCCAGGAGUGCAGCCCGCUGACCUUGAAGAAGUCGUCAAGAAGGGUGUUAAAACUGUGGUGAUUGGCCGUGGCAUGAGUGAGGCUUUGCAGGUUCCAGCAUCCACUGUGGACUAUCUGAAGAAGAACGGGAUUGAUGUGCUGGUCUUGCAAACGGAGAAGGCCGUGGCAGAGUACAACACCUUGGCUGCUCAGGGUGUCAGAGUGGGGGGAGUCUUCCACUCAACCUGCUGAAGCCUUACAGCUCAUCCCGCCUCCCCUGACCGCAGCCAAAUCACGGACACACCUAUGCUGAAUCAAAUUACAGUCAACUUAUGUGCCAAGGCAUUUGUGCGCUGACAGUCUCAAAUGCAAGGACAGUUCAUUAGUUCAGGAUUUAAACAAAUUGAGAGCUCACAAAAUGGGGCUGGGAAUUAAUUUAUUUAAUUACAGAAUAAUUUCCGUAUAUUCUUAAGAUUGGCCUAACCUUCCUCUGAAGGCUGUCCGUAGUCUACUUACUUAACUUUUCUCCUAUUGACUAAAUCAGAAGAUUAUAUUUUGCAUACUUUUAUUAGAAAAUGUCCCAAAAUUACAUUAUUGGCUGUUGGAAUGCAACCAUAAGAUAGUUGAUGAGCACAGUCAAGUGGUAGAUCUGAAGCAGUAAAGAAGCACUUUACCACCACUGGAUAAAGAAGUUAAAAAUAAAACAAAAUUAAAAAGUAAACCCAGAAUAUGCAACUUUGCCUCCUGCUGGUGACUUCAGUCAGGAUAUUUGCUCAUUCAUGAACAUCGCAUAAUGUAACACUUAAAUUUUACACAUUGAUCCUGAAAAAGAGGAAAACGUGUCUACAGGGUAUAAACAUAAAAUGUGGACCCUAAAGAAUGUUCUUAUUAAUUGCCAGUUCUGAGGAUUGAGUUGUCCAAUAUAUAUCUAUUCAGAAGUUCCUACGUGCUUAAAAUCACCUGAGAGAUGUGUUACAAAAUCUGAGUUUGCAGCAGCAUAAAACAUUGAUCUUUAGGAAAUCAGUCUAAAUUGCUGCUAGCGAGGUGCUGCUGGCAAGGUGGGGUUGGAUGUGGGAAUUAUUACUGGUUGUCAUUAUCUGAUGGUUUAAAUGCUGCGCCAACAAGCAUAUUGUUACACUGAAAAUUUAAAAAGUUCUCUUGGUUGCUGUUCUUGGUGGGCUUCUAUUAAUAUUAUAUUAGUAUUACCAGUUACAAGUUGCCUAUUGUAGAUCUUUUUUCUCACCAGGCUCACUGUUUCUUGUUCUGUGCAUAUUAAUUCUGUGUGUAUUAAUGAAAGUACAAAGACGACGCUGUACAAGCCCUGAGGCACUUGGUGCUACCCAGGCAGUAGCAGAGAGGCUUAGAUUGAUAUGAGAACACAAUGACCCCCCC